UCGUGGCGUUGUUGCCUAGCAGCGCGGCUCCUUGGUGACGGCGUGGACGGCAGCGUGAGGGCCGCGGUCGGCCCGGCGGCAGCCUGAGGCGAGGGGUGGGAGGCGGGAGCGGACGGAGGAUGGCGGCCCAGGAGAGCGUGUAUAACCUCCUGCCUCGGCUGGAGGAGAAGCCCGUCAAACCUCCCAGGUAUAUAUCGACAUUUAGGCCGUCUGUAAAGCUUGAAAUAGAGCAAAGUAAAGCGCAGUGGAAAACUAUGGGGCCAGCAAAAGUUGCAGUGCCAUCUCCAACAAACUUUCUGAAGAAACACUCCAAGGAACCCACUUUGCCAGCAAGAAAAAAAGAACAGGAGAGUAGGAAACUGCCUGCUUUAUCAGUACCACGGAGGACAGAUCGCCCAGUUAUGGGAAUUCAGAGUAAAAAGAAUUUUAUAAAAACAAAUGCAGUUGCUGCUAUCACAGGAUUGCCUAAAAAGCCUCAACAUAUUUAUGUUGAUAGAAGACAGGGAGACAAAUACUUGCUUGAAACUUCAGGACUUGUUCCAAAAUAUAUUAAGAAAAAGGAUUAUGGUGUUACACCAAAAUAUGUAACCCAGAGAAGAGAAGAAAUGAAGAAAGCUCAGAAAGAAUAUGAAAACAAUGUUUUGGAGCAUCUCAAGAAAAAAGCCAUGAAACAGCUAUCUGAUGAAGAGAGAGAAUGUCUACUGCAGGGGCUGAAAAAGAAGUGGGAGGAAGUGUAUCACGAAUUUCAGUGUCUUUCAGUAGAAAUAGACACUAUACCCAAGAAGCUGUAUAAAGGAAAGCUGGAAUCACAGAUGAAGCAACUGGAGCAUGACAUAGAUGUAAUUGAGAAGCACAAAGUUAUCUACAUUGCAAAUGAGUAAGGACUGUUUUUCAGACAUUGCCUCUUUCCUCCUUUUCUCUUUCUCUACCCUUGUCCAUCCAAGAAAAAAAACCCAAAGCUCAAAAGAAGUUGAAAUUAUUCAGAAGGAAAUAUUCAAGUAAUAGAAAUAUGCAGCUUCUUAGUUAUUUGUAACAGCUUCUCUAAUUCUCAACUGUACAACUCAUUUUUUUCAAAUAAACUUAAUAUAACUUUAUAUGAACAUGAA